AUGAGAAAUCCCUUGAUGACUGUUAACCCGUCAUUGAUAGGGUCGGGACCACAGAGAAUCCAAUCUGUUCCCUCACAAUUUGAAGCUCGGUUUGUGGACAGAGAUUCAUUGCCUUCAGCUGAUGUGAUGGCUCCGCCUGACCUUAGACAAAUCCACAUCGCUUCCCGCUUGGGAGCAUCGGUUCCCCCUCAUGUGAAUAUGCCCCACGUUCUGUCUAACACUGUUUAUCCAGGAUACAGCUUUCUGCAGCCUGAAUCCAUGGAGGCAGUGGCCAGAAGGCAAGAGCUGGUUCAGAAACACAAUCUAGCCAGGAUGGAGAUGGAAAUGGGCACCAUUUUUCAACAAAGGGAGAUAGGAAAAGCUCAGCAUAAAGGACUGAUGGGUUUGGGUCUGGAGACAUCAUUCCUAUACCAACAUGGUAUCCCAACAAGCUCCGUUUCAUUCCGAGGAAGGAGCAGACUUCCUGAAGUACAUCUUCCCAAUGACCUCUAUGUCCACAGAAGCUCUCUGGAUGAUCUGCAUAGCAAUACCGGGUUAAUAACAACUGGUCCAUACCCACCAGUUAGUAGCUGGCAGAAAGAAAAGGGUCGCCGGCUAGGGAGAAGAAUGGGAAAUCAUAAAGCUUCUGGUUGUAGUACCAGGAGUUCCAAAAGCCAAGAGGAGGAUAAAAAUCCAGAUCAGAGUAUCACAGUUUCAGCUGCAGAAAAAGAGGACAAGAAAGAUCUUGACAUUGAACCACACCCUAAAUAUGAGCCAAGCCAGAGCGAUGGGGAACCUACCGUUUCGCCCACCAAGAGCCUCAAGGAACAUGAGCACGGCUCCCAAAAACCCUGUGAAGAGCAUGGUUGGUCCAUUGGAACAAAUGACAAUGGUGGUGGGAAUGGGAAGGAUUCCUGUCAUUCUUCAUCAGCCUCUGAUGGAAAAUAUCUUUUCCACUCUCCAAAAUAUUAUUCUGACUUGAGAACCACAGGCUUCCAGAUGGCCAAAGGGGCCCAUGACACACAAAAAGGAACAAGUGACCUAUUUUUAAAUGGGGAAGAUCUUUCUUCUGUUGAAGAUAUUCGGAAAUGGGCCGUAGACGAUGUGUAUGACUUCAUUACUGGGCUCCCAGGUUGUUCAGAUUAUGCACAGAUAUUUAGAGACCAUGCAAUUGAUGGAGAAACUUUGCCCUUGCUCACCGAGGAGCACCUUUUGGACACUAUGGGCUUAAAACUUGGGCCAGCCCUAAAAAUUCGUUCUCAGGAAGUAAUGUUCCAGUUUGAGAAAUUGCAUUUUACCAAAAUAGAGACAGCUUGUCAAGAAGACCUCAGUUCAGACCCUUCUCCCAACACUCAGUAA